AUGUCAACAAUAUCUAGUUCCCCUAGUCCUUCAUGUAAUAUCGAUAAAAAAAUUACAUUUGAAGUUCCAUUAGAAGAUGGAGAUUCACUAGGUGUAACAAUAAAUCAAAAUUUAGUCAUAGUUAAAAUUUUAAAAAGAUCAAUAGGGGAAAAAUUUUUACAAAUUGGUGAUAUUAUAAUCUCAUUAAAUGGUACUCUUAUAAAAGAUUCAUCUACUUUUUAUAAUAUGUUAGAUGCUAUUGAAACUAAAGUAAUUAUAACAAUAAAAAGAAAUGAUACAAGAACAAGGGAAAUGUUAUUAAAAGUUCAGAUACCAGAAAAUAGAGAAGUGAACAUUUCAAGAAAAAGUGGAUAUGAAUAUUUUUUGGCAACAUUAUCAGUAUCUAAUGAAAGAAAAUUAGGUAUAGGUAUACGUCAUUUUGGUAAUAAAGUUAUCGUUUCAAAAUGUGAACUAGGAUCAAUAUCUGAUGAAAUUUUUAUACCAGGAGACAGAAUUUGUGAUGUUGAAGGUAUUCCUGUUUCAGAUAAAAACGUAUGCAAAAAAUUAAUUAUUAAAUUUUUACAAAUGAAAAAUGUAGUAACAUUAGUUAUUGAAAGACCAGAUUCUGAAAUAGCAGAAAACUGGAUUAAUAAAGUUUUAUCACAGAAAAAUGACAGUAAUCCUAGUUAUAGAAUGAAUACUGAUGUUCAAAGGAUAGCAGCACAAGAACGGCAAAAAAUAAAAGCAUAUGAAAAACCAACAAAAUCUAUAUUAUCCACCAAUUCUAAUCAAAAUUCAAAAGGGAUUAAAUUUGAAGAAGAUGUUUUGGAAUACUAUAUUGUUUCUGAUAACGAAGGAAAGGAACUUAAAAAAAUACUAUGUAAAGGAAACAAUAUGGAUAGUAAUAACUAUGGUUAUAUUUUAAUAGAUAUAACUAAUCAAAUAAGAGAUUCUUUUAUAGAACAUGAAAUUAUUAUAAAUCAUUUAUUUGAUUUAUUAAAAACACCAAGAUCUUCUGAUGAUUUACAAUUUGAAUUAUGUGACUUGCUUGGUUUUGAACGAUUUGAAUUGAUUUCGUUAAUAUUAGAAAAUCGUGAUAGUAUAUUAAAAGAAUUAUCACAAUCAGAACAUGAAAAAUUAAAAAAAAUAAAUCGUAUAAAUGAAAUAAAAAAUUCAACAAUUACUAUGAAAAAUUCUUUAGCUGGUUCAAACUUUUCUUUUCAAGUUAAAGAAGAUACAAAAUUAAAGAAGGAUGUUAAAAAAUUAGAAAAAAAAUUUAAAAAAGAAAUGAAAGAAUUGUAUAAAAAUGUUGGAGCUGAUGAGAGAAAAGAUAUUGAACUUGCCAUUCAAGAGUCAUUAAAAACUAAUGAUGAUUUAAUAUUAUAUACGGAUAAUUUUUGUGAUAUUAUUGAUAAUCAUAAAGAGAAUAAUGUAAAAUUACCUUAUGUUUUUAGUGAUGCAAGAAAUUCAAAUCGUAUAACAAUGUUAAUGUCUGGUUAUAAAAUGACAUUACCUAAAGGAUCAACGAGAAAAGAUUUUCCAACAUAUGAAGAAGUUACAAUUCCUGGAAUUUCUAAAAAUGAUACACCAGAAAAUGAUGUUGAUUCAAAAUAUACAAAAUUACGUGUCUCAGAAAUCGAUCCAUUUUGUGCCCGUGGUUUUUUAAAAUUUAAAUAUCUCAAUAUAAUUCAAUCAAUUGUUUAUGAACAAGCAUAUAAUACUAGUGAAAAUCUUUUAAUUUGUGCUCCAACUGGAGCUGGUAAAACAAAUAUUGCAAUGCUUACUAUUAUGAGAUGUAUUUCUGAUCAUCGUGAUGAUUGUGGUAAUAUAAAUAAAGGAGAUUUUAAAAUAAUUUAUAUAUGUCCAAUGAAAGCAUUAGCAAGUGAGAUGACUGAAAGUUUUGGGAAACGUUUAGCACAUUUUGGUUUACAGGUAAAAGAAUUGACUGGUGAUACAAAUUUAACAAAAAAAGAAAUGGAUAGUACUAAUAUGCUUAUAUUAACACCAGAAAAAUGGGAUGUAAUAAGUAGAAAAAGUAACUCCAGUGAUGAAAGUGGUAGUUUUUUUAAUUCAAAUGUUAAACUAAUGAUUAUUGAUGAAGUUCAUUUAUUAAAUGAUGAAAGAGGUGCUGUAAUAGAAGCAAUUGUGGCAAGAGCAUUACGUGAAAUGGUAAUAUGUCAAAAAAAAAUAAGAUUUGUUGGUUUAUCAGCAACAUUACCAAAUUAUGAGGAUGCUGCAGAAUUUUUACAUGUUGAUAAAAUGAAAGGAUUAUUUGUAUUUGAUGACAAAUUUCGACCAGUUCCCCUUGAAAUGUCUUUUAUUGGUGUUAAAAAACAGGUUAUAAAAUUUGUUAAAAAUUCAAAGGUAAAUGAAAAAAAAAAUGGUACCACUGAUACUCCUGUUAUUCCUGAUCAUAUACAAGUUAAACCACCUACUAAAGAUAAGCCAAAUAUUAGUACAGAAGAUAUGUUAGAUAUGAUUACAUAUGAUAAGGUAAAAAAUUUUGUUAACAAAAAACAACAAGUUUUGGUAUUUGUUCAUGCAAGAAAUGCAACAUGGAGAUUAGCUGAAACAUUUAGAGAAUUAGCUGUAACUAAUAAUGAAUUAGAUGAUUUUUUAGUUAAUAAUAUUUAUGAUCCUGAGUAUGUUUUGGCAAAAAAGAAAGUUGAAAAAGCAAAAAACAAUCGUUUGUUAGAAUUAUUUUGUUUAGGUUUUGGUAUUCAUCAUGCUGGAAUGCAAAGAUCUGAAAGAAACUUAAUAGAAUCAAUGUUUUUAGCUGGACAUAUUAAUGUAUUAUUUUGUACUGCAACACUUGCUUGGGGUGUUAACUUACCGGCAUCUGCUGUUGUUAUACGUGGAACAGAUGUCUUUGAUUCAUCUAAAGGAGCAAUGUCUGAUUUGUCUAUUCUUGAUGUUCAACAAAUUUUUGGUCGAGCAGGACGUCCUCAAUUUAAUGAAUCAAUGGGUUAUGGUGUAAUUAUUACUCAUCAUUCAAAAAUGGAUAAAUAUUUAGGUAUGUUAUCACAUUCACUUCCAAUAGAGUCACAAUUUGUAAAUAAAAUUUUGGAUAAUCUUAAUGCAGAAAUUUCUCGUGGAAGUGUAACAAAUAUCAAAGAAGCUAUUAGUUGGAUACGUUCUACUUUUUAUUAUAUUAGAGCAAAAAUAAAUCCUCUUGUUUAUGGUAUUAGUUAUAAUGAAAAAAGACAAGAUCCUGAUUUAGAAAAUCAUUUAACACAAUUAGUUUAUAGUGCUGCUAAAAAAUUAGAUAAUUUACAUAUGAUUGUUUUUGAUUCAAUAAAUGGAUUUAUGUCUCCAACUGAUUUAGGUAGAAUUGCUAGUAAUUUUUAUGUAUCAUCAGAUACAAUGGAAGUUUUUUUGGCUGAUAGACAUAUGGAAAAUAUUACACUUGAGCCGCAAAUGACUGAGGGUCAAAUUUUAUCAUUACUUUCAGAAGCUGCAGAAUUUAAUUCUCUUAAAAUACGUGAUGAUGAUAUUGAAGAUUUACAAUAUAUUAAACAAAAUGUUUGUAAAUUUAAAGCAAAAUGUGAUUUAACAUUUGUAUCCGGUAAAGUUAAUAUUUUACUUCAAGCUUACAUAUCUAGAUUUCAAAGUAAAAAUUUUACUUUGAAUGGAGAAACUAUGUAUAUUAUUCAAAAUGCUCCUAGAUUAUGUCGUGCAUUAUUUGAAAUUUCACUUAAAAAAGGUUGGUUACAUACAACGGUUAAAUUUUUAACAUUAACAAGAUGUAUUGAAAAUCGUUUAUGGUAUUUUGAUUGUCCUUUAAGGCAAUUACAAGGUAUGUAUAAUGAAACUAUAUUAAGAAAAUUAGAACAAAAAAAUCUUUCAUAUUAUGAUUUAUAUGAGAUGGAAGAAAAAGAGAUAAGUCAAUUAUUAAGAGUUGAUGCUAAAAAAGUUUAUGAUGGAAUACAUUUAUUACCUAUGUUAGAAAUUGAAGGAACAGUAAAACCUAUAACACAUUCAAUAAUUCAAAUAAAUGUUAUUUUAAAAUCAAUGUUUAAUUGGAGUGAUAAAUUAUUUGGUAAUGAUAUAUCUACUCCAUUUUGGUUAUUUAUUGAAAAUGUCAAUGAGAAUAGAAUUCUUCAUCAUGAAUUAAUAAAUUUUCCUAAAAAAAAAGUUUAUGAAAAAGAAAAUUUAGAGUUGACUAUAACAAUACCAAUAAAUGAUAAUGAAACAAAUGAUUGUUAUCAGAUACGUAUUGCACAUAAUUAUUAUUUAGUUGAAGAUUACUGUUAUCCUAUUUCUAUGCAUAAUUGUAUUUUUCCUAUUUCAAAUAUGACACAUACAGAUUUGUUACCAUUAGAUCCAUUACCAAUUAAGGCAUUGAAAAAUCCAAAUUAUGAAAGUUUAUAUAACUUUGAAUAUUUUAAUCCAAUUCAAACACAAUUAUUUUUUAAACUUUAUCAUACUUCUGAUCAUGUUCUUAUUGGUGCACCAACAGGAUCAGGUAAAACAUUAUGUGCUGAAUUAGCCAUUUUUCAUACAUUAAAUAAAGAUAAUAUUAAAAGAAAAAUUGUUUAUAUUGCACCAUUAAAAGCUUUAGUUCGUGAAAGAGUAGAUGAUUGGAAAAGUAGAAUGGAAAAACAGUUAAAUAUUAGUGUUGUGGAAAUUUCUGGUGAUUAUACACCAUCUUCAAGAGUAUUAGAAAAUGCAUCAGUUUUAGUAACAACACCUGAAAAAUGGGAUGGUAUUAUGAGAUCAUGGGAAACUAGAAGAUAUGUUAGAAAUGUAGAUUGUGUUAUUAUUGAUGAAAUACAUCUUCUUGGUGUGGAACGUGGAGCUGUUGUUGAGGCAUUUGUUACACGUCUUAAAAUGAUUAAUGAAAAAAGAAGAAAAGCAGCAAUAAAAAAUAUUGAAGAAAUUCGUAUAAUUGGUUUAUCUACAGCAUUAGCAAAUGCUGGAGAUGUAGCAGAAUGGUUAGGUGUUAAUGAAUAUGGAUUAUUUAAUUUUAGAUCUAGUGUUAGACUUGUUCCUAUAUCUAUUCAUAUUGCUGGAUUUCCAGGUAUACAUUAUUGUCCAAGAAUGGCAUUAAUGAAUAAACCAGCUUUUAAUGCUAUUAAAACAUAUUCACCUAAAAAACCUGUUCUUAUUUUUGUUGCAUCAAGAAGGCAAACAAGAAUCACUGCACAAGCUUUUAUACCAUUACUUUCUUUAGAAUCUGAUCCAACACAAUGGGUAAAUAUGACAACAGAAGAAAUGGAAAUUUUAUUAGCAACAACAAAAGAUGAAUAUCUUCGUUUAACAUUACCAUUUGGUAUAGGUAUGCAUCAUGCUGGAUUAAGUAAAAAUGAAAGAGUUAUGGUAGAAAAAUUAUUUGUAGAAAAAAAAAUUCAAAUUCUUGUAACAACAGCAACACUUGCCUGGGGUAUUAAUUGUCCUGCUCAUCUUGUUAUUGUUAAAGGUACUGAAUAUUAUGAUGGUAAAAAAGGAAGAUAUGUAGAUUUUCCUGUAACAGAUAUAAUGCAGAUGGUUGGACGUGCUGGAAGACCACAAUAUGAUCAAUCUGCUGUUGCUGUAGUAUAUGUACAGGAUAUUAAAAAAAAUUUUUAUAAAAAUUUCCUUUAUCAACCAUUUCCAGUAGAAAGUAGUUUAUUAGAAUAUUUACCAAAUCAUAUAAAUGCUGAAAUUUGUGCUGGAAUUAUUAAAAAUAAACAAGAUGCAAUGGAUUAUUUAUCUGGUACAUAUUUUUAUAGAAGACUUUUUAAUAAUCCAAGUUUUUAUGGUCUUGAAGAAGCAACAAAAGAAGGUUUGAUAGCAUAUCUUGUUGAUGUUAUAGAUAAUUGUCUUCAAAAAUUAAUUGAUUCAUGUUGUAUUAAAAUUUCAAAUAUUGAUAAAACACAUUUUAAAUCUACACCUUAUGGUAAGAUAGCUUCUAACUAUUAUCUUCAACAUACAUCCUUAAAACAUAUGUUAGAUGAAAUUGGUCCUAAUUCAACAAUAGAAGAGUUACUUCAAAUUAUGUCUGAUAUGCCUGAAUAUAGUGAAGUACCUGUGAGACACAAUGAAGAUUUAUUGAAUGAGGAAAUUUCACGUCAAUUACCUCUUAAACUUGGAAAAUAUGCUACAUUUGAUUCAUCUCAUACUAAAGUAUUUUUAAUGUAUCAAGCACAUUUAAGUCGUUUUCAAUUACCUGUUGAUUAUAGAACAGAUUUAAGAAGUUGCCUUGAUUCAUGUUUACGUAUUAUUCAAGCAAUGUAUGAGUAUUCAUAUGUAAGAGGUUACCUUAAAACAUCUAUAAAUGUUUUAAUAUUACAACAAAUGAUAAUUCAAGGACGAUGGCAUUAUGAUCAUUAUUUACUUUGUCUACCUUACUUUGAUAAUUCUAGUGUAUUAAGUUUAGGAGAACAUUUUACUAUUCCUCUUUUACAAAAACAUUUAAAACUUGAUAAUAUGGAAAAAAUUGAUGAUAAUAUUAGAAAUAAUGCUUUUGCAUUUUUUAAAAAAAAGACAAUUUUAGAUUAUACAGAAAUUAAAAAAAUAAUUGAUAUUUUAAUUAGAUAUCCAAUUAUAAGUGUUGAUAAAUUAUCAAUUUCACCAUUAAUGAAAAGAAAUUUAAUAAUUCCAAGUAUAACAACAAAUUUUAAAAAUGGUGAAAAAAUUAGCCUUACUUCAAAUACCUCCUAUUCAAUUAAUUUAAAAUUAUCUUUUUCUUCUGUUUCUAAAUUUGAUAACAAUAUAGUUUAUUCUAAAUUUACCAAACAAAAGAUGCCAGGAUAUAUAGUUAUUUUGGCUAAUUCAACAAAUGAAGAAUUUUUAGCUACCACUAGAAUAAAUUCAGGACGUGACACAUCUAUUUGUAAACUUUUAUUUACAACACCAAAAAUAUAUGGAGUCUUCCGUUAUACAAUAUAUAUUUUUUCAGAUUCAUAUUUGGGUAUUGAUCAAGAGUAUAACUUUUUGGUUAAUAUACAAUAA